UCUUUCAUCCACUGUCACACAACAACAACCCCUCUCUCUCUUUCUCUGAGCCUGUCAUAGGCUGGCUGGCUGUGAUUUUCCUAGCAUUUCACUUCAACAUUCAAUUCCAAUAGUCCUCUUCUCCAUCCUGUACAUCCAUCCCAACUCCCCCCCUCUCUCACUCAAGAAAAAGAAGAAGAAACAAAAUCACAGACCAGUCUAUGUCUCAGUCUCUUAUCACUGAAAUGGGAUCUCCGUUGUGAAGAAGAAAAAUGAAGCAGGACACAUCUUUUUCUCCAUGCCCACCUUAAAAAAAAACAGACCUUUUUUCCCAGGGAAAGAAAUUGCACCUUAAUACAACAACAAUGGCAACUAAUCAUUCUUCAUCAUCUUACUGUCUUCUGCUAUGCUUCUUCUUGUCUAUAGUCUUAGUGAAUUCAAGUAAAAUUCAUCCUCAUCAUAGAAUACUACAUCAACCAUUUUACCCAAUAGAUACAUCACCACCACCAUCAUCAUCAUCACAGCCACCACCACCAUCAGAACUACCAUCAGCUGAUUCUCCAAUCCCAGAAUAUCAAACCCCACCAGAACCAAAAUACCCAUUCUCAUCAUUAACCCCACCAUCAAACCCAUUCUUCCCUGAUGUCCCAUCUACACCAUCACCACCACAAACACCACCAGCAACCUCUGCAACUUUUCCAGCAAACAUCUCAUCUUUAAUCUUCCCACAAUCACCACAUAAACAAUCAGCUUCACCGAAAUACGUUGCCAUUGCUGUAAUCUUAUCACUCUUCUCAACAGCCUUCAUCAUCUCAAUCAUUCUGUUAAUUUACAAACGCAAACACUUCACAUCAGAUACAAAAACAUCUAGAUCAGAUAGUCAUAGGUUGUUUCCUACUUAUAAUCCAUCUUCAAAUGUUGUUGAGAAACUCCCACCUGCAAGAACUAGAACAGUUUCCAAUACUAGUACUGAGUUUCUGUAUCUGGGUACAUUGGCUAAUGCUCAUGGGCUUGAUUCUGAUAGUGUUCAUUCUAGUAAUCAUAAUAACAGUAACAACAAUGGUGGGAUUACAGGAAACUCAUCUAAAAUGAGUUCUCCUGAGCUCAGGCCACUUCCUAAGCUCGCUAGACAGAAUUUCAGUAGGGAAUUUGAGAAUGUUGAAGUUGGGGUGGGAGUCUCAGCCGUAGCCGGAGGAGGAGGUGAAGAUUUGGAUGAAGAAUUUUACUCGCCAAGAGGAUCUAAUGUAGAGAAAUUAGAUACUGGAUCUGAUUCAAGAAGAGGAUUUUCUGGGCAAUUGUUUGAUAAGAGGAGAAAAACUAGUACUAAUUCAAGUAAUUUAUCAUAUCCAAGUUCACAUUCUGGUUCUAGUACUAGUAAUAGUCCAUCACCACCACAUAAAUCAAGGGCAGCACCUCCACCACCACCACCACCUCCACCACCAAUGAACAGACCAAUGACACCAUCACCACCAAAAAGAAAACCACCUUCACCAUCACCACCAUCUCCAUCUUCACCACCUGACAGAGAUUUUGCUCCUAGAAAUUCAUCUCCUGUAAAAGUUAGGACCAAUGGGUUGUUUAGAUAUCCUGGUAGUGUUCAAGCUCAAGCUCAAGCACCAGUUCCACCUCCACCACCACCACCUGGAUACUGGGAAGCUCAGAUAUCUAGAGUUCAGAUUCAUGAGCAGGAGAUGUUGUCUGGGCUACAACAUCAACAACAACCACCAGUUCUUAUUACACCAUCUAGACCUGUUAUGCUCCAAUCACUUGCUGUUUCUCCUGUUGGAGUGUCACAGAAUGUGGAAAGUGUUGAGAGAAAUGAAGAAACUCCUAGACCAAAGUUGAAGCCUUUGCAUUGGGAUAAGGUCAGGGCUAGUUCUGAUAAAACUAUGGUGUGGGAUCAGCUUAGAUCAAGCUCUUUCCAAUUGAAUGAGGAAAUGAUCGAGUCAUUGUUCAUUGUAAACAAUAAUGGCAAUACGAAUGUGAGAGAAGGUGGCGGUGUUCGGCCUGGUGGUCUUCCUUCGCCGAAUCAAGAGAAUAGAGUUCUUGAUCUGAAGAAGUCACAGAACAUUUCGAUUCUAUUGAGAGCACUUAAUGUGACUAUUGAGGAAGUCUGUGAAGCUCUUUUGGAAGGUAACACGGAUACAUUAGGAACUGAUCUUCUUGAAAGUUUAUUGAAGAUGGCACCUUCAAAAGAGGAAGAACGUAAACUAAAAGAAUACAAAGAUGACUCGCCAUUUAAGCUUGGAACUGCUGAGAGGUUUCUUAAGGCAUUGGUUGACGUUCCUUUUGCAUUUAAGAGAGUGGAUGCAAUGCUUUACAUAGCCAAUUUCGAUUCAGAGGUUGAGUACCUCAAAAAGUCCUUUAUGACUCUUGAGGCAGCCUGUGAGGAACUAAGAAACAGCAGGAUGUUCUUAAAACUUCUAGAAGCCGUUUUAAAGACAGGAAACCGCAUGAAUGUUGGAACUAAUCGUGGUGAUGCUCAUGCCUUUAAACUCGACACUCUCCUCAAACUGGUAGAUGUCAAAGGUACCGAUGGGAAAACAACUCUACUGCAUUUUGUUGUGCAAGAAAUAAUACGAGCAGAAGGAUCUCGUCGUUCUGGUCCUAAUCAGAAAACAGACAUCCACAACGACGUUGAGUUCCGAAAACGAGGUUUGGAAGUUGUUUCCAGUAUAAGUGGAGAACUGGCAAAUGUCAAGAAAUCUGCCACAAUGGAUUCUGAUGUUCUCAGUAGUGACGUCUCAAAACUUGCCAGAGGAUUGUCAAACAUUGGUGAGGUUAUGAGAUUAAACGAAUCAACAGGUUCAAAUGAAUAUACCAGGAGAUUCGCGGAAUCAAUGAAUAGCUUCAUGAAGAAAGCGGAGUUCGAGAUAUUAAGAAUCCAAGCUCAAGAAAGUGUCGCCCUUUCAGUAGUCAAAGAGAUAACCGAGUAUUUCCAUGGGAAUUCUACAAAAGAAGAAGCUCAUCCCUUUAGAAUUUUCUUGGUAGUAAGAGAUUUCCUAUCAGUUCUUGAUCGAGUGUGCAAGGAAGUCGGAAAGAUCAACGAACGCACAAUAGUCAGUUCCGCUCGCCAGUUUCCAGUUCCUGUUAAUCCAACACAACCCACAGUUUUUCCCGUCUUUCCAGUGCAGCCUCAGUAUAGCUCUUCAGAAGAUGAAAGCUCAUCUUCCUCUUCUUAGAUCUUUUCUUUGUACUCGUAUAGACUCCUGUAAAAGAUUUUGGAUUGUUUUAGUCAAAAGAUAUAUUUAUAUGUAACAUAUACAGGAGGAAAUCAUCUAGAAGACCACCUAUGAAAAAAUGAAAUCAAGAGUCCUGCAGGAACAGUCUGUAUCCCAUCUUUGUAAAUCAUGUUAAAAUCUCAUUUCGCAA